GGCAGACUGUCGCUACAGUAGCUCAUUGCUAGUGUGUGUGGCUACUUUGCUAGCAAUUUUCCCCCAAAUUAUGUAUAGAUAUGUGUAUGUGUGUGUGUUUAGAUGAGUGUGUGUGCAAAAGUGUGUGUAUAGAUAUAUAUAAGUGAGGAUGGCAAUGGAAUACCCAUGUUCUGCUGCAGACAUAGACGUGGCCGUGUCGGGCCGGCGUCAGCGUCGCCUCCUCAGCGUCAGCCGCUACCUGCAUCCCGUCAAGGGCCUGCAGCCCAGUCCAGACCCGCCCACCAAGCCUGAGGAACCGCCCACGCCGCCGCACCAUUGGCUGAGCCUGCUGGACCAGCACUACUAUGGCCAGGCCGAGGUCAUGCUCCGCCUGGUCACCUGUUGGGACUUCGACAUCUUUAUCUUUGACAGGAUGACAAACGGUGAUGCUGUGGUGUUUAUGAUUGAGCACAUGUUCAACACAUAUGGACUCAUCCGACACUUCGGCCUAGACCCGCUGAGAUUACGCCAAUUCGCAGUGACCCUGCAGGACAUGUACUACACACGUCACUCGUACCACACCUCCGUGCACGCCGCCGACGUCAUCCAGGCCAUGAGCUGUCUCCUGCAGGACCCAAAGCUCAAGCCGUACUUGACUCCAGUCGACGUCAUGGCUGCGCUGCUGGCGGCCGCCACUCACGACCUGAGCCACCCGGGGGUCAACCAGAACUACAUCGUCAAGAACAACCACUUCCUGUCCGCCCUCUACCAGGACGGGUCGCCACUGGAAAACUACCAUUACAACUUGGCCAUGGGUCUCUUCAAAACCUCGGGCCUGCUGGAGCCCCUGUCGCAGCAAGACAGGACGCGUUUUGGAGAGGUCGUGCAGGCACUGAUCCUGGCCACCGACAUCAGCAGGCAGAGCAAGUACCUCGCACUCUUCUCCACCCACAUCCAGAACGGAGACCUCGAUGUCGCCGACGAGCAACACCGUCUCUUCAUGCUGCAGAUCGUGAUGAAGUGUUCGGACAUUUGCAACCCCUGCCGGACGCGCCUCGUCAGCCUCUACUGGAGCCACCUGGUCAUGCGCGAGUUCUUCCGGCAAGGUGACAUGGAGCGUGGGCAACACCAAGAAAUCUCCCCGCUGUGGGACAGACACUCCACCAACAUGGCCAACACCCAGUCAGCGUUCAUCUCGUUCGUGGUGGAGCCGCUGUUCAGCUUGUGGAAUAAGUACUCCGGCUCUGCACUCAGCAGCACCAUGCUGCAGAACCUGCAGGCCAACAAGCAGUUCUGGACCACCAGCAAAUAAACACCUGCCCCCAUUACAACAAGCAGUUCUGGACCAGCAAAUAAACACCUGCCCCCAUUACAACAAGCAGUUCUGGACCAGCAAAUAAACACCUGCCCCCAUUACAACAAGCAGUUCUGGACCAGCAAAUAAACACCUGCCCCCAUUACACACACUA